AAAAAAUGUCUGAAAUUAAUUCAAUUUAUGCUCAUUUGUUAUCACCAUCAUAUAAGCAAGAAAUUAGUAAUUGGUUGAAAGAAGAUGUACCAUCAUUUGAUUAUGGAGGAUUUGUUGUGGGAGAAGCUCAAGAAGUUGCUAUAUUAUACGGAAAAUCCGCGGGAGUUGUGGCUGGUAUACCAUUCUUUGAAGAAGUUUUCAACCAAUUGGAAUGCAGAGUUGAAUGGAAUUUAAAAGAAGGAGAAGAAUUUGAACCAAUAAAAGAAGUUGCCCGUGUUUAUGGUAGGGCAUGCAACAUUUUAUUGGGAGAACGUACUGCAUUAAAUAUUUUGGCUCGUUGUAGUGGUAUUGCUACUAGGAGUAAGAAGUGUAUUAAAUUAAAGGAAAAAUGUGAUUUUCGAGGUGUAAUUGCUGGGACAAGAAAAACAACUCCCGGGUUUCGAAUUGUUGAAAAAUAUGGAAUGCUUGUUGGAGGAGCUGAUACUCAUCGAAUGGAUUUGUCAUCGAUGAUAAUGUUAAAAGAUAAUCAUAUUUGGAGUCAGGGUUCUAUAAAAAAGGCUAUUGGACGUGCAAGAAAAAUAGGAGGAUUUUCGCUAAAAAUAGAAGUAGAAUGUCUUAGUGAGCAAGAAGCUGAUGAAGCCAUCGAAGCUGGUGCCGAUAUUAUUAUGUUGGAUAAUAUGAAAGGCGAUAUGUUAAAACAAACUGCUAAAACAUUGAAGCAGAGAUGGGCAGGAAAAAGAGCUUUUUUGAUUGAAUCAAGUGGUGGAAUUUCCGAAGAGAAUAUAGUCGAAUACUUUUCACCCGAUAUUGAUAUUUUGAGCAUGGGUAGUCUGUCUCAAGGUGUUCCUCAUGUAGAUUUUUCUUUGAAAAUUAAAAAAUGACAUUUAAGCGUUAUCACCAACUUUUAAUUAGUAUAAAGAAGUCUCUAAACUUCCUGCAAAAUUUUAACGUUAAUGAAAAUAUUCAUUUAUAAUAAUGUAUUAUAUAAUUUCUUUAUCGAUAAAUAACACUGGUAUUUAUCAUGUGACUAUAUGUCACAAAUCGAAUGUUUUCUUUAGCUAUUCAAGAAACCAUAAUACCUUCCAGAGAAAUAUUUCAGGCGAUUUUUUUUACAGUUUCCUACUUUCCGAAAUUAUUAUAUUGAAUUCCUGUAGUCGUUAAUGAUAAUGUAUUUCUCUGUAAUAAAAUAAAGAAACCAUAAUACCAAAGA